AGCCCCGGUACACUAGCUUUCUGCGCGCGCAACCCGCCUGAUCCAGCCCCUUUAUGAUCGCUCCGCCCAGGACCGAGAGAACGCCUGCGCAAAGCGUAAGGAGGCGGAGCCAGGACCGCUCUGGGCGGUACAAAAAUCAGAGAGUUUGGCGGUCGCUCAGUAGUGACGUAGCACGCAGCAGGCGGAGAGGACGUGCGCGCCCUCGCUCCUUCCUCUUUCUCGACUCCAUCUUCGCGGUAGCGGCCGGGGUGUCCGCGCUUCAGUCGCCAACAUGCAGCUCUUUGUCCGCGCCCAGGAGCUACAUACUCUCGAGGUGACCGGCCAGGAGACGGUCGCCCAGAUCAAGGCUCAUGUAGCGUCGUUGGAGGGCAUCGCUCCAGAAGAUCAAGUCCUGCUCUUGGCAGGCACGCCCCUGGAGGAUGAUGCCAUCCUCGGCCAGUGUGGGGUGGAGGCCCUGAGCACUCUGGAAGUAGCCGGCCGUAUGCUUGGAGGUAAAGUUCAUGGUUCCCUGGCCCGUGCUGGGAAAGUCAGAGGUCAGACUCCCAAGGUGGCCAAACAAGAGAAAAAGAAGAAGAAGACCGGCCGGGCCAAGAGACGUAUGCAAUACAACCGGCGCUUUGUCAAUGUCGUGCCCACCUUUGGCAAGAAGAAGGGACCCAAUGCCAACUCUUAAGUCCUUUGUAAUCCUGGCUUUCACUAAUAAAGCCACUUAGUCCAAUCA